AUGCUGCCAGCCACCACACGGGCCACGUCGAGUCGCGAAGCCGAGGCCCUCUCAUCUGCCCCAGCCCCUCACUUCAAACUUGCCUCGGCCCCGGAUCCGGACAACAGCACAGGGAGAGAGGGACAAGACAGAGAGGGCAAGAUCCGCACCCCUCCUGAGACUGACGAGCCCACCACCUACCCACCCACUCACCCACCUGUCCCAGGGCUGUGCCUUACACUCGGUGUAGGACAACUUGUCUCGCACCUGAAUAUCUAUCAUGCACGCCUCUACAAUGUAGGGUAUAUGUGGACAACCCCCAGAAUUUCAGCCUCGCAGCUCUGCACACUCGAAACUUGGCAGCUGGGAGCUGCCGGGCCGAGCCCGAGCCCCAGCCAGAACCAGAAACCAGCGCCCAACGGCCCAGUGCGGGACCACGGCCCAGCUCCGCGCGAGGAGGACCUCGAGCUCACACCACACACACGCCCUCGGCCGCAGAGGUCGGGCCAGCGGAGGCCUGGGGAACCCCUGCAGGCCACGUGUGGGUGGCUUUUCUCUCUCUUCGUUUUCUUUAACAACGGCCGAAUACUCAUCAACAACUCCUUUCCAGAUUCGAGAUAUCCCCUCGACGACCUGGCAGCUUUGUUGUUUUACGAGCUGACGGCCCUAGGCUAUGAAUGGCCACUCACGAUCACCGUCGAUCGUCCCAUUUCAUCUCAUCUUAAGCUUUACGAACCGCAGGCCAUAGGUGCCACUAGAGCCGAGCUUAACGCCCGCCGAAUCCCGAGCUGGAAGCAUGCAACCUCAACAAACAAGCCUUUUUUUCUAAUAUUCGAGGCAAUGCUACAGUCAUUUUGA